ACGGUAACGUAGUUUUUGGGGCAUUAUAGAAGGGAGAGAAAAGUCGGUACUGUAAGCAGCUGGCUCAGGCUUUUAAUAGUUAGCUUUGUUAGUUCGGCCCAGGAGGGGCUAACAUCCAGAACACUAUAAUCCCGAGCUUUCAGGAGUAAUUUAACUCGGUUAGAGUUAUAGCAAAGCAUCAGGUCAGCCUACGGUUAACAAAGCUGAAAUAGCUCCAUAUAAUCUGAGCCACACAAAGCAUCAGGGCAGCUGUAUAAGCGGUUCAGGGUCAGAGAUGGUGUUUCCUCACUCUGGCAGCAGGCUGGGGUUAAAAUCUUUCUAACUUAAGCUUCUUCUGCCUGCGGGGGGUAUUUUAGACACUCCAGCCUCAUAAAACUGAUACAUUAAUAUCUUAUUAAUACGUGUUUAGCAUUUUAGCUGGUGUUAUGUGAAGAAUGAAACCGUUAUUAUGGCGAUAGUCGGGACAGAACGGCUCAUAUAAUGCAUCCUGAAACUAGCCGAAGGUAGCUAGUUAACUGCGAGCUAACAAGCAUUCCGCUAACAACUGGUGCUGCUGGGGACGGCAAUCACCAACUGGUGUUAUUUAUGGGCUCAUUAACCGCGUAACUCUGAAUGGAAGCAUAGAACCGUCCCGAAUCUGAAAAGUUAGGGGCAGUUUAAAGCCGUUUAUUUUUAUGGAACAGGGCUGCGACUAGCAGGCUAACUAGCACCGCUAAGGCUAACAGUAACGGCUGAAAGGCAAACCGAAGGAGAGAGAGAGGAAGCUAACAGAGGCUAGCCAAUGAUGGCAGCACCUUCUAAUGAGGCCUUGUUCCUGAUUAAGGACGUGAAACCGGGCUCUAAGAACCUGAAUAUUGUGUUCAUCGUGUUGGAGAUCGGUCGAGUGACCAAAACGAAAGACGGCCAUGAGGUGAGGUCCUGUAAGGUGGCGGAUAAGAGCGGGAGCAUCGCCAUCUCGGUGUGGGACGAACUGGGGAGUCUCAUCCAGCCUGGAGACAUCAUCAAACUCACCAGAGGGUAUGCAUCCAUAUGGAAAGGAUGCCUGACCCUUUACACUGGAAGAGGGGGGGAUCUUCAGAAGAUUGGAGAGUUUUGCAUGGUCUACUCCGAGGUGCCCAACUUCAGCGAACCAAACCCAGAGCUGCUAGCGCAGGCUAACCAGCAGAACAAGUCUGGAAAGCCUGACCAGAACCAGAGAGGAAACUCUCCGCCUAAUCAGAAUUCAGGUACCGCUGCUCCACCAGGUAACGGCGCCAUGCCGCCGUUUGCCAACAACCCGACCCCCGGCGCUCCCCGCGACCCAACGUUCGGCAACGCCGGUCGUUCUAAUGGACGGUCGACGGCGGGCAACGGCGCGCCGCCCGUCAACGCCAGCGGACCCCCGACGACUACAAAGUCCUCUGUCACCAUUAGCAACGGCAGGGAUCCGCGACGUGCCAAGAGAUGAAAGCGAUUGGUUUGGUCCUGGCUCCUCCCCCCGCCGGUGACGGCCUUCCCAAUAAUGAAUGGUUUUAUACAGCCUACGGUAGUCAGACGCAUCAUUUUGUCUUAGUGAUUAAGCGCCAGAGCCAUGACAGCGGCCAUCUUGGAUGGAGACCUGACGGUAGUUAUCCAGUAUUAUCUCUCCCUCCCUCCUUCUUUCAAAGAACACAUCCUACUUGAACACUUGAUGCACUUUCUUCUCUUAAUUUAUGUUGAAGCUUGGCUGUGAUUUAAGUCAGGAAAAGGUGUUCCCUCUUUAUUUUCUCCAAGUGGAAAAGGCCUUAAGUGGGUGAGAAUGCAUUCAACCAUAUCUGAAGUGACUCUGAAAACACGUCAGCUGUUAGAUUUUAAUCAUAGCCGUACAGAAUGACUAUUUCCUCUCCAUAAACCAUGGUUUUCUUGUUUUUUGCCAUGAACUAUACCUUUCUAUUUUUAUCACGGACCAAUGAUCAGACACAACGGUUCAAGUAAAUCUUAAUUAUGCUGCCAUAUUUGGAUUUCUUUCUGGCUCCAGAAGCUUUUGGUGUCCAACCUGGACAUGUUUGGUUCACUGACUCUAAUGGCGUCUGGUUUUCACAGCUUGCAGUUAAAUACUUUGUUUUUCACCAAUAAAAUGUUGUUGGUCAAACGUCUGUAUGUUUCCGGCCACCAAAGUGCCACAAAUAAACUUUCUCAGUUUCAACUCUUCA